AUGGUUUUAAGCAUUCCGAGUUGUAUUGUUUGUAAAAUAGCUCCCGAGCAAGAACCAAAGCCUGUCAUUUCACAGCCGGUAGUUGACAUAAUUGAUGCUUUAUUCGUAAAAAAUGAUAUUCCCUUUGACAUAAUAAUCUAUGGAGGAUUUUCGGACCAAACUUUGGAUAUUUUUGACCAACUUCCUAGCUUAGCUGGAAUGAACCUUUAUAUCGCAUUGUAUCAAUAUUUCCUGAUUCGUUCACAAAAUGGACUAGAACUUGUGACCUUUGAGUGGUAUACCGAUAAAGUUUGUAAUGUGCCGAUGAUUAUUCCAAUUAAUACUUUCGAUACAAACCUCAUGAAAUGGAAAAACGAAUUAAAAAUUCCUGGAAAAUUUAGACAAUUUUAUGGAUGCAUGCUUACAAUUGGAGUUGCUGUUGGGCGUAUGCAUGUAGACUUGGAUGUAUCGAACAAUCUAGUUGGACCACCAAUAGAUCUUUUUAAGGCAAUGGCUUCAGUCGGAAAUUUUACAAUUAAUCAUCAGCAUAUCCAAAAGCCAGAUGGGUUGUGUAUGCAGCCAAUUGCACAAAAUGGACAAACAUUGGAUAUUCAAGUGUACUUUCAGAUGCCAAGAGUUGCAUUUUCUAGAUUUACAGAUGUAAUGCAUUUAACUACUGUCUUUCUUGGGGAAAGUGUCACAUUUCUUUUAACAGAACCAGAAGCUUAUUCAUCAUAUGAGAAGCUUGUACUGCCUUUUGAUACUCUUACAUGGAUCUUCUCAAUCGCUGUUUUCUUGGGUGCAUUUGUGUGCAUUUUUAUAAUCAAUCUGAUUUCACCAACAAUGCAAAAUUUAUUUUAUGGUGAGCAUGUGACGUCACCAGCCUUAAACGUCAUUGGAAUCUAUUUUGGAUCCUCGCAGAUAUCGCUUCCAUUUCGAAACUUUCCAAGAAUUAUUCUAGUGACAUUCAUCAUGUUCUGUUUAGUGCUAAGGACAGCUUAUCAAGGAGUUCUGUUUGAAAUGGUUGCUGGUGAUAUUCGAAAGCCAUUGCCAAAAACAGUCGAUGACUUGUAUAAAAUGAAUUACACAAUUACUAUUGGGGACGAUCUUGAGGAGUCUAUGGAAGAAACUAUUCCUGAAGAUAGGAGACCGAAUGUUAUUGUGAUGAACAUCGCUGACCAAGAGAUAGAAAUAAUGCAUAACAUCUCAAACUCAGCAUUAAAAUUUGCUCAUUGCAGUUACGAGAAAAUGCUUCAAUGUUAUCAAAACCACUUUCCCGAAUCUGGUGGCUUCUUAAAAGAGCAUCUCUAUUCCUUCAUCACUGGUUUCAUGCUUUACCAUUUUCAUUUUUUAUUUGAAUUAACUGAUGAGACAGUUCAAGCUCUACUGACAGGUGGAAUACUGCAGCAUUCCUUUGAAAUGGAAGACUUUAAAGCUAAUCAUGAAGUUCAUUCAAUGGCGAUGAAUAUCCGCAGUAUGACUGAAAAAUCAAAAGUAAUGACGAUGGACGAUCUUUCGUAUGGAUUUACGUUGUGGAUGUUUUCUUGUUUGAUAACAUUUAUUGUGUUUCUAGUAGAAAUGACAACAUUUUAUUUGGGAUUUGGACCAUUUAUUUAUUAUUUUAAAUGUUUUGUGAAUUUGGUGGUUUUGAAAAUUUGUACCAAUAGGAUUCGUUAG